GGGUCCCGGGUCCCCAGGGGAAUUGGGGCGGUGGAGGAGCGGAGCUCAGCCCGCAACUCAGGCCUGGUGGCCUGCCCCGCCCACGUGGGGACGCGGCCCGUCGAAUGACUCGGUGCAACGUGUUGGUGGCGGCGGCGGCGCGGGCUCUUCCGGGCGCCGCAGUUUCCUGCCAAGCACCGCGCAGCCGCCUGGGCAGCGGGAUCCCUGGGUGCAGGCCUCGGCGUGGGUGCGUACCCGGGCUCAGCCGCGCACCCUGCGGGGCCGGGCGCCUGCCGCCCACACCAUGCGCGCGGCGCCGCUGCUGCAGCUGCUGCUGCUGGCGCUCCUGGCUGCGCCCGCUGCCCACGCCAGCCGUGCCCAGUCCUUAGCGCCGCGGCCCGAGCCGGAGCGCUCGCCGCCCGGCCCGGGGCCCGGGAACACCACCCGGACCGUGUCCGGGGAGGUGGCGGCGGGCGGUGGUAGCUUCAACAGCAGCGGCGACGCCCUGGUCACCCGCAUCUCCAGCCUGCUCCGCGACCUGCCCACCCUGAAGGCGGCCGUGAUCGUGGCGUGCGCCUUCACCGCCUUCCUCAUCGCCUGCCUGCUGCUGCGGGUCUUCAGGUCGGGAAAGAGGUUGAAGAAGACCCGGAAGUAUGACAUUAUCACCACGCCGGCUGAGCGAGUGGAAAUGGCCCCACUGAAUGAAGAGGAUGAGGAGGAUGAGGAUUCCACAGUAUUUGACAUUAAAUACAGGUAAAACGUGCUUUCCAGCAUGUUGUCAUCCUGUGGAAAGUCGGUCAGCUGCAACCUGGGGCGUGAAGGAUCUGGAAGCUGCCUUGUCCGAGGUGUUGAAACCAAAACAAACAUUAUUUAUGAAACACUGGCACACUUGUGUGUGUUGAACGUCUGCUCAGAAUGUCACUGCGGGAGAGUCGCCUCUACCACCUUCUGGAUGCCCCUUUAGACUGUCACCCCUUCUUUCUCCUCGAAGGGGCUUUUGCCUUGCCAAGGGGCAAAGGGUAGAAACGUGGGUUUAAAACAUAAUCAUUUGAAAUCAACUGUUGACAAAAGUAAAAGUGAUCAGAAGUUAUCAAGAACCUAAAAAAAA